AUGGUUGAAUCGUCGUAUAUCUUGUUUUUCCAGGUCCUCUUUCCUUUUACUGUCGGAGGUUUGGGAAUGGUCAUGGCUGGAUAUGUCUUAGAUACCGUUCAGCGAUGGGACUUUUUUAAACAGGUUCCCGAAAGCUUUAUCUUGGUCCCAGCUCUACUGGGUUUGAAAGGAAACCUUGAAAUGACGUUGGCUUCCCGUUUGUCGACUUUAGCUAAUCUCGGCAGAAUGGACUCUUCAACAGAGAGGUGGAAAGUAGUUACAUCAAAUUUCGCUUUGAUCCAGGCACAGGCAAUUGUUGUGGCUUUUUUUGCCUCUGCUUUCGCCAUGGUUUUGGCGUGGAUUCCGAAAGGCCAAGUCGAUUGGUCUCACGCUGCUUUGUUGUGCGCGAGCAGUCUUGCAACUGCUUCGGGUGCAUCUUUGCUUCUAAGCUGUGUUAUGAUAGGAGUUAUACUUAUUUCAAGGAAGACGCGUAUCAAUCCCGAUAAUGUGGCUACCCCUAUAGCAGCUUCUCUUGGAGACUUGACUACUCUAGGAGUCUUGACCGUUUUUGGUUCUGGGUUUCUUCGCGCUCACUUAACCGAGUCGUGGCUAAAUGUUUGUACAAUUAUUGUAUUCUUACUAGCUGCUCCAUUUUUUGCUUUAAUGGCCAGGAGAGACGAAGGUGCGAAAGAUGUUUUGCAAAAUGGGUGGUCUCCGGUCAUUUUCAGCAUGUUAAUAAGUAGCGGUGGUGGUUUUAUACUCAAAACAGCCAUCAAACAGUUCCCUAAAGUUGCUGCUUUUCAACCUGUUAUAAAUGGAGUUGGAGGUAAUUUGGCGGCUGUGCAAGCCAGUCGCAUGGGUACAUUCUUUCACCAGAAUUCAACAAUAGGUAUUCUACCUUACGAUUGGUCGUUGUCCAGGUUUUACGGAUUUCGAAGAGCCAUCUUUUCAUCAGUUUUGAAACAUUUUCAGACUGGGAUUCACGUUUCUUGUUCUGUUACUUUUCUAUGGUUUAUUUUUUAUGAAAAAUUUUCAUUGCGUUGUAUGAUUUUUGCAUUACAGGUUUUGCUUUUGUUAUACAUCUGUCAGUGGAUGGUACCAUUAAUGUGGGCGUUAUCUGUAGAUCCUGAUAGUGCUGCGAUACCGUACUUAACGGCACUGGGGGAUUUGAGCGGCUCAUUCUUGUUAUUCGUUACUUUUCUUAGCGUUAGCUCAUUAAGCAAAGGUAACUUGUUGUGA